AUUUUAUUCAAACCUCAAAAAGCAAUAUGACAGGGACUCUGCUUCCAAGUCCUAUAUGAUCUAUGAUAACCUUCUAAUAAAUAUUUGUGUCUACAAUAGCAUAGGGCACGGUGACAUGUGCAGCAAGCAUUAUUUACAGGCUGCUAUCUGGAGAGCCCGGGCUUAGCCUCCACAUCAGAAAAGCAGUCAAGGGAGGUGGUGCUGAAAUAGACAGCUCCUUCUUUCCCUUAUUCCAGAACAGCACAGAGCACCGGAGCUAUGGGAGGGACGUGGUGCUGAAAGAACAGCUCCCUCUUUCCCUUAUACCAGAGUAUCACAGAGCACCGGAGCUACGGGAGGGACGUGGUGCUGAAAGAACAGCUCCCUCUUUCCCUUAUACCAGAGUAUCACAGAGCACCGGAGCUACGGGAGGGACGUGGUGCUGAAAGAACAGCUCCUGUGGCUUGCGGAACGUGUUGUAUUAACCCACUGGCAAAGCCGGAUGCCCAGUUCCACCCUCUAGUUAUUAUACCCAUGUGUAUACAGUCCCUGAAGAUUGCCAGCAAUGCUUUCCUGUAGAAGCCCUUACCUCUGCUGGCUGAGGUAGAAUCUGUUUUCAGUAGCUGUCUAUGGCGCUGAAGGGUCAGUUUCCAAUGUAGCAGAUCCUUUGUCUCGCUGAACGUGAUAUGCCACUUGGUGUUCUAUUCUCUGGACUGCUCUAUUGGGGCUCGGAGUAAAUGCUUGACCUCAGCUGGGAUGCCCUGAUGCUGGAUCUCCGCAGGUUUCAUGGCGGUGGCACGGAAAAUCAAAACUUUGCUGACUGUGAAUAUCCUGGUAUUCGUGGGGAUCAUCCUGUUUUCCGUUUACUGCAGGAUCCAGGACAGGUCCCAGGAGCUGGUGCAGAUUGUCAGAAGUUCUGACCGCAGAGUAAGGAGCAGGAACACCAAAGUGGGCUCUUUGGUGGACAGAGAGUCUAUUCUGCAAAGACUGGAUCACCUAGAAGAAGUAGUUUACAACCAACUCAAUGGAUUAGCUAAACCCAUGGGGCUUGUGGAAGGACCUGGAGGGCUUGGACAAGGUGGGAUGGCUGCUACAUUGAGGGAUGACAGCCAUGAAUCAGAAACCAAAUAUGAAGAAUAUGGUUAUAAUGCCCAACUUAGUGAUAGAAUCUCUCUGGACAGAUCGAUUCCAGACUACAGACCCAAAAAAUGUAAGCUGAUGAGUUACCCUGAUGAUCUGCCUCAGAUUGCCGUAGUCUUCAUCUUUGUAAAUGAAGCUUUGUCUGUCAUCCUACGGUCUGUGCACAGUGUGGUCAACCACACUCCAUCUCAUCUCCUGAAAGAGAUCAUACUAGUAGAUGACAACAGUGACAAUGUUGAACUAAAAUUUAACUUGGACCAAUAUGUGAAUAAGAGGUACCCGGGACUUGUGAAAAUUGUUCGUAAUACCAGGCGAGAAGGACUAAUUCGAGCUCGGAUACAAGGUUGGAAGGCGGCCAGUGCACCAAUUGUUGGCUUUUUUGAUGCUCAUGUAGAAUUCAACACCGGAUGGGCUGAACCAGUCAUCACUAGAAUCAAAGAAGACAGAAGACGAAUUCUUCUACCAGCAAUUGACAACAUCAAGUACAACACAUUUGAGGUGCAGCAAUACGCAAAUGCUGCACAUGGCUAUAACUGGGGCUUGUGGUGCAUGUACAUCACUCCUCCACAGGAUUGGCUAGAGAAGGGGGAUGAGUCAGCUCCAAUCAGAACUCCGGCAAUGAUUGGCUGCUCCUUUGUGGUGGACAGAGCAUAUUUUGGAGACAUUGGGCUGCUCGAUCCUGGAAUGGAGGUGUAUGGAGGGGAGAAUAUUGAGCUUGGCAUGAGAGUUUGGCAGUGUGGGGGAAGUAUGGAAGUUUUGCCUUGCUCCAGGGUUGCCCACAUUGAACGCACAAAGAAGCCUUACAACAACGACAUUGAUUACUAUGCAAAGCGUAAUGCCCUGCGAGCUGCUGAGGUGUGGAUGGAUGAGUUCAAGUCCCAUGUCUACAUGGCGUGGAACAUACCGAUGGCGAACCCAGGGGUGGAUUUUGGUGAUGUCUCUGAGAGGCUGGCUCUCCGUCACAAACUGCAGUGUCGUAAUUUUAAGUGGUAUCUGGAAAAUGUUUACCCAGAAAUGAGGGUGUACAAUAACACUAUUACUUAUGGAGAGCUUCGUAACAGUAAAGCAACGGGUUAUUGUUUGGACCAAGGCUCUGAAGAUGACAAUAAAGCCAUUUUGUACCCCUGCCAUGGCAUGUCCUCACAGCUGGUACGUUACAGCUCAGAGGGUCUGCUGCAGUUAGGUCCCCUGGGCUCUACUGCCUUCUUACCUGAUACAAAGUGUCUGAUUGAUGACGGCAAAGGAAGAAUCCCCACUCUCAAGAAAUGUGAAGACAUCCCGAGACCGACACAGAAACUUUGGGAUUUUACACAGAAUAGCCCCAUUGUCAGUAGAGACACAGGUCGCUGUCUAGAGGUCGAGAUGUCCAAGGAUGCAAAUUUUGGACUUAGACUGGUGGUGCAGCGAUGCUCAGGACAGAAAUGGAUUAUAAGAAACUGGAUAAAACAUGGUCGGAAUUGAUGUUUAUGGAAAAAAGGGGUGUUCCAUUUAGACCUGGACUAUACAUACAGAAAACCUUCUUGGUUAAACACAAGAGAAGAGGACAUUUUCCACCAUCUGUUCAUGGACCACUGAACAUCACAUGAUACUAGCUCCUCCACUAAGUGGAUUAGCUGUCAUGGAUCAUGUGUGGAAAUACCAAAAGGAAGAGAAGGGCCGAGCACUUCACAGCUGGAGGUUUAGUAGACAGAAGAGUUUAUGUUUGUAUUUUAGAAGGAUAUAAGUGAAAAGCUUCUUUCUGCUGGUAGAUUUUGUGUUACGAACUGGUGCACAAUUCCUACAAUUAUCAUGUGCCUUUUUAUUGUACUUCCUAUACAAAAGAACAGAGCAUCCCUCGCAUCAGCAUGUGUGAUUUAUUGUGCUAAAUAAUAUGUAAAUAAGAUGCAAAUGUAAGUAAGCAAUAAUCACCAAUGGGCAAGGAAUCUAUUUGCUGUUAAUACCCCAGAGUUUUAUUAAAUGUCUGCAAGUGUUAAUUGUGCAGACAGUGCUCAGAAAUAAUUAGGACACAGAGAACGGAGAUCCUCUUAUGUUCUGCAGUUAGUCGCAAAACAUAUUUGUGCCCUCAGAUACAGAUUUACUCUAAAGUAAAGAUUGUUUUCUAUGAGAUAAUGCUUACACUUGCUAUAUACAAUCACAUUACCUGUCUCUCUCUCUCUUUCUCUCCCCCCAUAGGUUCAUAAACACCAGCAUCUUCAUCAGUGUAGUAGGGAGUACUUUAUUUACCACUUAAUAAGUACAAGUCGGAUUAUUCACCAGUCAUCUCACAUAAAGCAUCAAUCCGUAUUAUUAAUAUGAGACAAUAUUGAUGCAGUGAGCUGUUAAAGAUACUAUUUAUAAAUCACAACGCAAUGUAAAUUUUUAAUGUGUCAUAUAAGAAAAUAAGAACAGCUCAAUACUGUACAUACAAAAAUUAUCUGGCAGGGCCACAUCCUGUCCCCUUAAUUCCUAAUAAGUAGUUAUUUAGUGAAGGAACCGGCUAGCCGUAUCUGUCAGGGAUUGGCAGUGUCAUUGUGCUUACACAUCCCUCAGCUGCAUGAAGACCCCUGCAUAACACACUGUUCAUGUCAUCUAAAUCUUACUACUGAAAGUGAGCAGUGUGAAUCCCAUGUAAGAAGUUGCUCUACCCCGGGAGCAAGAGACUCAUUCAGUGGGACAAAAAAAACACCAAACAACCAAGGAAAUGAGACUAAUCAUUCUCUAGUACUGAGAUAAAUAUGGCCACAAAUUUCAAAUUGCAUCAAGCGAUGGUUGCUGCUUCCUUCACAAAUAAAGAGAAACAUUUGUAUUGGAUGCCAAGGGCGUUUCAUUAAAACAAACAUUGUAGCACCACAUACAGUAUAGAACAUAUUUUUCACUUAAAUCAGUUUUUCUGCUUUUUUUUCAACCAUACAAUUACAACAGUAUCUUAACCUGCCUUUAUACACUUGUCCAAUGGAGAUUAUUGUGUUAUCAUCAAAAACAAAGCAUUUGUCACUUUUCUAAACCUUGUGAUUCAUAUUGCUUGGACUGACAUAAAUCUUACAAGAGGUACUUUUAAAUCAGUAUGUUAAUUGAGUAAACCUUUCAAAUCAUGAAACUCUGCACACAAUUAAAAUGUCUACUGGA